GACCUCUUGACGGUCACCGCACAAGAAUGAUUAUUUCCAACCCAACACGCACGGUGUGCGCUCGCUGCGUCAGUCGCAGCCGCUACUUCUCCACGACUGUUCAUCGCAACACUUCCGCUCCCGAAAAUGCGAACCCUGCUCGCCCGCCCGCAGCCGGCUAUACUCGACUCAAGCACCGCGGCCUCAUCCACGCCACGGGGCAAGACAGCCAGGCCUUCCUCCAGGGCCUCAUCACGCAGAACAUGAACACGCUGGAUCACGAAAAGAAAGGCUCGUACGCCGCAUUCCUCAAUUCGCAAGGCCGCAUCCUGAACGACGCCUUCAUAUACCCGGCCCCCGCGGUGGACGGCGGGCCCGGGUGGUUCAUCGAGGCGGCCGUGGACCAAAUACCCGCGCUCGUGAAGCGCCUGAAGCGCCACAGGCUGCGGUCCAAGGUGCAGAUUCGGGCUCUCGAUGCGGACGAACGCACCGUGUGGGCGUCGUGGGGCGAGAACGAACGCGAGGGCCGCUGGGCGACGUACAGCAUGAGGUACAAUGACUCGGACGGGCGUUGGCCGAUGGACCGGGUCCUCGGCUGCGAGGACACGCGGGCGCCCGGGUUCGGACUGCGGAUCCUUGCGCCUGACACCGUGGAUCUGCGCACGCACUUUGAGCACGCGUCGAGACCGUACGAGAACCCGCUCGCCGAUGGUGCGCAGGAGGUGGGCUUGGACUCCUACCACGUGCGGCGCAUGCUGCACGGCAUCGCCGAGGGCACCGCCGAACUCCUGCACAAGCCCUCGCUGCCGCUCGAAUGCAACUUCGACAUGGCCGGGGCCAUCGACUUCCGCAAGGGCUGCUACAUCGGCCAGGAGCUGACAAUCCGCACCAAGCAUACCGGCCUCGUGCGCAAGCGCAUCCUCCCCGUUCAGCUGUAUGCCGGCUCCUCGAUCCCCGAUGGCGAUCUCCCCGUCUACAACCCCGCCGCCCUGGGCACGACGCUGCCCCCACCGCCCUCGGGCCUGGAGAUCGCGAAGCUUCGCGGCAUGACCGGGGGCCGCAGCGCCGGCAGGUUCCUGGCUGGGAUUGGGAAUAUAGGCCUUGCGUUGUGUCGGGUGGAGAUGAUGACGCCGGUGAGCCCUACGGGCGAGAAUAGGGAGUUUCACCCGGAUCGAGAGUUCACCAUCACUUGGGACGCCCCGGCGGAGGAUGGUUCGCCGAGUUCUAGGACUGUCAAGAUCAAGGCCUUCGUGCCGCCGUGGCUGCAACACUAUAUCGCCUCCACGAGGAACCCUCCCCGUGCUCGUGAUCCCAUCCGUGAGCAACAGCGCGCGAAGGAGCUUGCUGAGCGGUUGGAGGAGGAGGAGGAGGAGGAAUCUUAACGCUACGAAUAAGCCUCUUCGCAUGUGUCCUGAGUUGAUGUACAGUACUUG